AUGGAUGGUACUGUUUUGAAUUCUGAAGUCAUUUAUCAUAAAAUGAUAAAUGAAUUGUGUGGAAAGUAUAACAGAGUGUAUACGAAAGAUUUGCAAAUAAGGAUGUACGGUGUCACUGAUAGAGAAAUUUGUGAAACCGUUGUUAAAGAACUUAAAAUGCCAAUAUCUAUAGACGAAUUCGAAAAGCAAUUGACUGAUUUGGCCCAAAAAUUGUUACCGAGUGCGCCGUUACAAAGAGGGGCUGAACGUAUAUUAACUCAUCUCCACGACUACAAAAUCCCGAUGGCGUUGGCCACAAACUCGACUGAACAAGCCGUUAGGCUACACGCUGCAGUCAGACCUAAGCUGUUUGGUAUGUUUCAUCACAAAGUCAGCAUUACUGAUCCAGCUGUACGUCAAGGCAAGCCAAGUCCGGAUAUAUACCUUGUAGCCGCUUCUAAAUUUCCGGAUAAGCCACAACCGCAACAGUGUCUUGUAUUUGAGGAUUCAGCUGUCGGUGUCACAUCGGCAAUAGAAGCGGGAAUGCAGGUUGUAAUGAUACCAGACCCUCGCCUUGAUCGAGAGCACACACGUCGAGCGACCAUCGUCAUCCAGUCUCUGAUGGACUUUAAGCCAGAACUCUUUGGACUACCGCCUUUUGAUGACACUCCUAAACGGUGCGACAGGGUCGAUACUUCCUAGUUGUAUAUAAUAUUUUGUUGUCUUUGAUUUGUGUAAUAAAGAAUCUUAAAUAAUA